AUGAUGGUGGACUCGUCCGGCAAGUGCUCGGCGAACUGCGCCUUCCGAAUUCGUCACCUCGCAGGUUUGACCUGGUCUUCAUUUCAGAAUGGUACGUAUUCAAAGCCUUUCCUCUUGCGAUCAGCCAGAAAUCCUGCAAUGCCUUCGUUAAAUGCUAUCCAAACAGCAAAUUCUGCCUUCUCGCACCUCACAUCUCCACCACCAGUCGCUGUGUUCGUUGGCGGGACCUCGGGUAUUGGGGAGGGCAUGGCGAAGGCUUUUGCACGUCAGACGAAGGGCAACAGCAGCAUUGUCAUCGUUGGCAGGAAUCAAUCCGCCGCCGACCGCAUUCUCGCGUCGCUACCGCCUUCCGACGCUGGCGUAACUGUCGCCCGCGAGUUCGUCCAAUGCGACGCCACGUUGAUGAAGAACGUGCAAGAUGCAACGCGCGGUAUCCUCGAUAAGUUCCCCAAGAUCAACUACCUGGUCGUCUCCACGGGCAUCAUGACGACGGCGGGAAGGACGGAGACGGCGGAGGGAAUCGACAGGAAGCUCGCGGUGCACUACUAUGCUCGGUGGAAGUUCGUUCACGACCUCCUCCCAGCGGUUCAGGCGGCGAAGGAUGCUGGGGAGCAUGCGUCGGUCAUGACUGUCCUCGCUCCAGGAUACGGUGGCGAGAUAGACCUCAACGACCUUGCCCUCAAGAAUACCUACUCGUUGUCGAAGGUUGCCCUGGUCGCGUCGACCUACAAUGACCUGAUGUGCGAGUCUUUUGCAGAGAAAGCCUCGACCAUUCCCUUCAUUCACGCUCACCCUGGAUUCGUGCGCACACCGUUAUUCGCCAACUCUCCUUCCCUCCUCUUCAGGGUCAUCGCGCCCGUCGGGAUGGCUCUUCUUCGACCAUGGACGGUGUCAGCCGACGACUGCGCGGAAUACAUGUGGAACGCCAUCUACUCGACGGCGAAGACACCGGGCGCAUGGAGGACUGGAUUCCAUGGCGAGGACCUGGCGAAGAAGCGGUACUACGGAGAUGAAGAGCAACGGAAGAAAUUGUGGGAGCAUACCAGCGAGGUCGUAGAGGGUGCAUUGAAAUCAUAG